CGCUUUACUACCAACAGGCACGAGAAUUCCAGGGAGGAAGUCACUGAGAUUGAGAAACGAACAACAACUCCAAAAAGGUGCCAGGAAAGAAAAAAAAAGAAGAAGAAGAAGAAGAAGGGGAAAAAAAGAAGAACAACCUGGAGACGAGAGCCAGUUCGAGUACACCAAGUCCUCAUUGAGAAGAACUUCUAACUUCUAAUAUGGAGUAGAGCGCGCCGGGGCUCGCAGCAGAUGGAGGCGGCGAGAAGUUUGGUGUUUGUCGGGGCCGUGCUGCUCUGGGUGGCGGGCGCGUCGGCUAGAGAAGUGUGCCUGGGUACAGACAUGAAGCUGACCCUGCCCUCCAGUCUGGACAAUCACUACGAGACCUUGAAGCUGCUCUACACUGGCUGCCAGGUCGUCCACGGCAACCUGGAGAUCACACACCUUCAUGGAAACCCUGACCUCUCCUUCUUACAAGGCAUCGUGGAGGUACAGGGCUAUGUACUUGUAGCUCAUGUGUCAGUGAGUCUGUUGCCUUUGGACAACCUUCGCAUCAUAAGAGGCAGCCAGCUGUACGACUCCAGCUACGCCCUGGCUGUGCUGGAUAACACUCUGGGUGGACAGGGGCUCCGGACACUCCGGCUUCGUGGCCUCACAGAGAUCCUGUUGGGUGCGGUGCAUAUUUGGGGGAACCCCCAGCUGUGCUUCCCAGACCCCCAGACCAUUGAUUGGAGAGACACUUUGGACGUGCAGAACGGCCACGCCGGGAAGCACCGACUGCAGCCUCGGGCCUCUGAAUGUCCAAAUUGUUACUCUGUAUGUGGGAAAAAGUGCUGGGGAGAAACUGCACAGGACUGCCAGACCUUGACCCGUCUUCCAUGUGCGAUUGGCUGCCAGCGGUGCAAAGGUGUGCUCUCCAAUGACUGCUGUCACAUGCAGUGUGCUGCUGGAUGCACAGGACCCAAAGACUCAGACUGUCUGGCUUGCCGCCACUUCAACGACAGCGGCGUGUGUAAGGAGAACUGUCCUCCCCCCACGAUCUACGACCCCGUCACCUUUCAGACCAAACCCAACCCAAACAAGAAGUUCAACUUUGGAGCCACCUGCGUCAAGACGUGUCCUUAUAACUAUCUGGCUAUGGAAGUGGCUUGUACUUUGGUUUGUCCCAGAGCCAACCAGGAAGUUCUCAUCGCCCACCCCGAUGGAGACGAGCUGCAGAAAUGUGAAAAGUGUGAAGGAGACUGUCCCAAAAUGUGCUAUGGUCUGGGUAUGGACAACCUGGGCGUCAUGGACAACCACGGUGUCACCAUGGUCACAUCUACUAAUGUGGAGCAGUUCAACAAGUGUAAUAAGAUUUUUGGUAGUCUGGCCUUCCUUCCUCAGAGCUUUGAAAGGGACCCUGUGAGAAACACAUCAGGUCUGACCAUCGAGCAGCUGAGCAGCUUCAAGAAACUGGAAGAGUUAACAGGUUAUUUGUACAUUGAUGCCUGGCCAGAGGAGUGGACUAACCUGAGUGUGUUUGAGAGCCUGAAGGUGAUCAGAGGCAGGAUGCUCUACAAGGGUGUGUUUUCACUGGCCAUCCAGAAUCUACACAUCCGGUCUCUUGGGUUGCGUUCACUGCGCAGCGUCAGUGGAGGUUUGGUCCUGUUGCACAACAAUUCCCAGCUGUGCUACACCAAUGCACUGCCCUGGAACAAUCUGCUCCAUCCCACCCAGGGACCUCACCGCAUCGUCAACCAGAACCAGGACGCCCAACUCUGUGAGGAAGAAGGGCGUGUUUGUCACCUGCUGUGCGAGGGGGGCUGCUGGGGGCCGGGGCCCAGCCAGUGUGUGUCCUGCAAGGCUUUCCAACGCGGCAUUGAGUGCGUGGAGCAGUGUGACAUCAAUCAGGGGUCUAUCCGUGAAUACACAGAUGGAUCUUUGUGUGUUGCCUGCCACGGCGAGUGUCGACCUCUCAAUGGCUCUGCUUCCUGUCAUGGCCCGGGGGCAGAACAUUGUUCAGAGUGUCGAAACCAUCAGGACGGGGAGCUUUGCGUGGAUCAUUGUCCCAGCGGUGUGAAGGAGGAUCAGCAAACUGUGUGGAAGUACAGCAACGCUACAGGACACUGUCUGUCCUGCAACACCAACUGCUCGCUGUCCUGCACUGUGAUGGAUGAGAGAGGCUGCCCCGUGGACACCAGGACAGGACCGGGUACAACUAUCGCGGCUGCAGUGGGUGGAGUGGUGCUCUUCUUCAUCCUGCUCGCUCUGCUGGUCUUCUAUCUGAGGAGACAGAAGAAUCUCAAGAGGAAAGAGACAAUGAGAAGGAUCCUGCAAGAACAUGAGCUUGUGGAGCCUCUAACACCCAGUGGUGCGUCACCCAAUCAGGCUCAGAUGCGCAUCCUGAAGGAGACUGAGUUAAAGAAACUCAGGGUGCUGGGUGCAGGGGCCUUUGGUACUGUUUACAAGGGAGUGUGGGCUCCUGAUGGGGAAAAUGUGAAAAUACCAGUGGCCAUUAAGGUGUUACGAGAAAACACCUCUCCAAAGGCCAAUAAAGAGAUCCUUGAUGAGGCCUACGUGAUGGCAGGAGUGGCCAGCCCCUAUGUGUGCCGUCUGCUGGGGAUUUGUCUGACCUCCACGGUGCAGCUGGUCACUCAGUUGAUGCCAUACGGCUGCCUCCUCGACUACGUCAGGGAGAACAAGGACCGCAUCGGCUCCCAGUUCCUCCUCAACUGGUGUGUCCAGAUCGCCAAGGGAAUGAGUUAUCUGGAGGAAGUCCGGCUGGUCCACAGGGAUUUAGCUGCCCGCAAUGUGCUGGUGAAGAACCCGAACCACGUAAAGAUCACCGACUUCGGUCUGGCCCGUCUGCUCGAUAUAGACGAGACUGAAUAUCACGCUGAUGGAGGGAAGGUUCCGAUUAAAUGGAUGGCUCUGGAGUCUAUUCUGCACAGGAAGUUCACUCAUCAGAGUGACGUCUGGAGCUACGGUGUGACGGUCUGGGAGCUGAUGACGUUUGGGGCUAAACCCUACGACAUGAUCCCAGCGAGGGAAAUCCCAGACGUCUUAGAGGGUGGAGAACGGCUCCCCCAGCCCCUCAUCUGCACCAUCGACGUCUACAUGAUCAUGGUCAAAUGUUGGAUGAUUGACCCAGACAGCAGACCACGGUUCAAAGAUCUUGUAAGCGAUUUUAGUGUUAUGGCCAGAGAUCCACCUCGCUAUGUCGUCAUUCAGAACGAUGAGCAGAUGAGCAUGUCCAUCCCAGUGGACAGCCAGUUUUUCCGGAUGCUUCUGGAGGAGGAAGGGAACAAUAUAAGGGAACUGCUAGAUGCUGAGGAGUAUCUUGUGCCUCAGCCGAACCACUUCUCCAGGAGUCAGGUAGACGGGGCUCAAGCCAACGGGCCGUCCAGACACCAGUCAUACAGGCAGAGCAGAGAUCAGGCUCUAGAGGUUGAGUCCUCUGUCACCGGUGGGCCUCGGAGCAUGUACUCCUCCCUGAGCACCCUUGGCCGCAGCCAGUACCCUACUUUACCUUCAGGAGCAAGCACCUCCAAUGGCAUAUGGAUUCCUCAGUACCCAACUCUGGUUCGCAGCCCCUCGGCCGGGAGCCAAUCCGACUCGGUCUUCCUGGACGGAUCUCCAGACGACCCCUCGCUGCCCCCGGCCAGCCCCGGACGCUACAGCAAAGACCCCACCUACUCCAACGGGAGCCAGGGUGACCUGGAGACAGAUGGACCAAAUGGCUUUCAUCUUCCUAAUCACCUUCAUCACUCGUUGCCCAGACGGAGUCAUGGGUAUAUUCACAAUCAUGCCUUGCCAGAGUACGUCAACCAGGAAAUUAAGGAUCUCAGGCCGGGGAUUCCCGAGCGGCCCACCACGCUGCCUCGUAAGGGCUCCAGAGCCGACCGACGCCUCCCUAACGGCCUGUGCUCCGGUCACAGUGUGGAAAACCCGAGAUACUUGGUCCCUGCGAGUGCUGGGGCCGCCACUUCUCCAGCCUUUGACAACCCUUACUACCUGGACCUUGUGGCCAAAGCCAAUGCUGUAGCCGAGGCGGCAGCAGUGAAUGGUCCUGAGGCACUGGAGAGAGACGGAAGAGUGCCCAGGCACGUGAACGGGUUUGUGACCCCCACUGCAGAGAAUCCAGAGUAUCUGGGACUAGCGGACACCUGGACUGGAUAUACUUGAGGACAGGGACUGGGAGUAAUGUGAUGAACUCAAGAGGAGUCACAGCUUGUGCUCUACUGGAGUGGGGAAAAGGGAAGAUGAAUAUUUGUGAAAAACAACAAACUGGUGUCUGAUUGAUAUUGGGAAUAGUACUUGCAUGUGGAACAAUAUUUAUAUCGAGCGAAGCACCCGAAUGCAAACUGAUGGACGUUGUUUGGCAAAAGUUAAAUCACCCAGUUGUGGUACAAUGACACAGAGUAGCAUUAAUCUGGUGUCCGUGGCAUCAUUUGUAUUCCUGUCUUUAUCUCAGCAAUCGUUGCUCUUAGUGCGACUCAGCCUCUGUGUAUAGCUCAGUACUGGAUAAGCAAAGGAGUUCACAUUUGUCUAAACCAGCAUGGUACGAGAAGGGUUUGAUUAUCACAGAAUCAAACAGUUGACUCGAUUUAAUGAAUGUUGAUCUUUUUUUUUUAAAUGUCCAUUUGACUUGUUCUGUGGUGGUUUGUACCACACAUGAAGCAUUUGUGUACGUCCUUCGGUUCCCUCGUGCUAUAUGUUAUUCCAUAUGCUAUUCAGCCCAGCUGAACAGAGAAGAAAGCUCAGAGAGCACUUUGACAAAGUGAGCCGUGAUGUGUAUUGAAGGUGGUGUUUAGUAUUCUGGUCACUUUGUCUCUGACCUGAUGGGGGUCUUCAACACACUCAAAGCCAUUUUGUUUCGGCCAGAGAAGGACCCGCAGCCCAUCUGGCCAGUGGACAUGCUCCCUGAAAGAAAGGCAUCCUGUGUGGAGAAGACAGAGGCAUUGUGCCACGCUGAUGCAUGUGGUUGCUUGUGUCUUGGCUGCAGCUACUUUAUGGUACAACAGAUGAGAGGUGCUUGCAGACUAAGCAUCUAAGCUGCAACAUGUAUGUUUUUUUGUUUUAAAGACAACGUGUAUGUGUAACUAAGUGAGAACCAACUUUUCAGGGAUUUCAAAUUUGUGAGAUAAUUAGGGAAUAUUAUGUGCAUUUUGAGUUAUGCACAAUGCACUAUAUGGUAGGAUACUGCAUAUGUCCCCCAGGCUUGUGUUAUCACAAUGAGCUUUUUGGUUUCGUUGGCCUUUCACUGUGCAAGAAAGCAUUACAAGCUAUUGGUGAGUAUAUUCCACAAGAAGUGAAGAAUUUGCAUGUAUCUGUACAUGUGUUCGCUCCCCUUUUUAUAGAACAAAAAACAGUUCUGCUGUCUGUGAGCAACACACUGGCCACUGGAGCUGAAUGUGAAACUGAGGAGGCCAAAACAUCGGUUUGGAUAAUCAAUGCAUGGCUUAAAUUCCACUCCGCGAGAAACACUGGCAUCCCAGUUAAUAAUCAACGGAUUUUAUUUUUUUUUCUCAUGUUAACUGGUGUUGGGGCUGGGGGAGGUCAAAACUGAGUCAAUAGAGCCAUUGUCUGACCCUCAUGUCCACGUAGGAAAGACGGCGCUCGCCCGACUCGCACGUCCCAACGACUGUUGUCUCAGCUUUGAAAAGAGAGAACGAGAGUUUUCUUCUGCAGCGUUUUGGAGAAUGUCGUUCAGUGUUUGGAGCCCGGAGUCUUGAAACGAGUCUCCAUCAGUUUUACUCAGAAAGUCUUUUAUCUUGAUGUUCUCAUACGGGUUUUGAAGAGUUUUGUUCUCUAAAAGUUCAACCUGAUUUUAUGUAACAUGUUAUAAAAACGUGAUACCCUCAACUACCACAUACUAACGUUGUUUUGAAUGGAAUUAUUAUCGAGUGAUAAGAUUCACAUAACAGUUUUUUUUCUUUUUCUAUUUUGUUUUUCAUAUAUAUUGGAUAUACAGUAUAGUUUUUUGGAAUGAAACCUUUCACGUGUGUUGUUGCUUUCGUGUGAACACCUCAUAUCUCUACAUACUUCUUUUUUUGCAUUAGUUCUGUUGUAUUUGGAAGUGGUUUAAAACAAUUUUCACAAAGAGGCUUGUAACUGUUAUAUUGACAUUUAAAGGUGCAACCCCUGACAUUUUUUAAUAUUACUUAAUUGCACCAUUGACUUUCAGAAAUUAAGUAAAAAAAAUAAAAAAAUAAAAUGUAGGGUUUUAAGUAAUUUGGGGGAUUUGAGUGCUAUUUGGUGCUCUAAAACAGAACUUGAGUACCUCCACUCAUCACCUGCUGGAGAUACAAGGUUUUUACAGGAUCAUAACAAUGCUAAAUAAAGCACAGCUCACAGAUGUUCCCACCUCCUUAAGAAUGUGAUAGUUCCUGGAUGUUAUGAAACCUUAUAUGCAAUCACAAAUGUAUUGGUUUACACUGUAGUGUUGUUUUGUAUAAAAUAUUAAUUUUAGAUGUGAAUGAAUGACCCGGGACUCUCACGGAUAAGGGCUGAUCGGCCCGCUGUCCUCCUUUUUAAACCAUGUGUGUCCUUUCUCGAGUUUAUUUCGAUAUAGUUGUAUUAAAACUGUACAGAGCCUGAGGAUUAGCUCUGGUUGUUGGUUUACAGUAACACCUGAAAUCUUCCUGCCAUUCUCCCUGUUGAAGUGUUCUUGUCAAAAUAAUGAAGCGGGAUCAGCUUUCUGAUUGAAAUCAACUAAAUCACUAAAGUAAA